GUUCUUCGUUAAAAAAAAAAAGAAUUUUUUUCUCCCAAAUUAGAUUUCUUCUUCUAAUCUCGUGAUCGAUCGAAGAUUUAUUCUGUAGAUCAAUCUAGGGUUUAUGAUGGUACUUGAAGGAUGCUUGAUUCGGCGUUAAACUGGUUGAAUCGUCUGGGUUCCUUCUUCUUUUUGUCCUGGUGAAUGGGUUUGAAGAUUGUCUCCGCAUGAAACAUUCUUCGAGGUGUGUAAAUCUUUGUUAUUACUAUCGUAUUUGGAUGAUGUUUGAUUCGGCGUACAACUGAGUUCUUUCUUCUUCGUCCUGGUGAUAAUUGGGUUUCCAGGAUUACUUGAAAGCAUUCUUACUGAAGCCAUGUUUGAGAUUCCAGAUGAUAAAAAGGGAGAUGAAAGAAUCGACGCGGUUAUUUUAGAUGAGGAAUUAACAGGCUCAGAAGCUUCUCGUGGUUGCACAGCAAAAGUACUUAAAGUAGACGGGGCUUUUGAGCGGUACCUCAGCGAGAACAAGUCAAAAGAUGCUACAGAAGCAACGCUGCAGAUGAGUGAGCUACAGAACCGGUUAGAUGCAGAGUUUCUAUUGGCUCAGAUGUGUUCUGUCAAGUUCAAAGAAUGGAUAGUUGUUCUUGCCACUCUAUUACAACGGUCCGAGGUUCUUUAUGAUAUUUUCCGGUAUGAUCUACGGUUGUGGAAAGCAUAUAGUAUGACAUUACAGUCUCACCUGGGUUUCGCUCAGUACCAUGACUUGCUUCAGAUUUUAGAGGAUAAACUGUCAGCGACCGUCGGAGAAGAAAGCAAUAGAGACAUAAUCAUUUUUUCUUCAUAUAUAUAAAAUAAAAUUUACGGAUAAACGAGUAAAACCGGGAGAGAGACAACAGUCGGAGUUGUGUUUUGCAACCAUAUCUCUUUUGCUAAGUGAGCAGGUCCCUUUUGCUGGGAAGGACUUGUCUGUGAGCAAUUUUGUGAGGGACAGCAAAACUAUGCUUUUGGGACUCUCUGAUGGAUGUUUAUAUAGUAUUUCCUGGAAAGGAGAGUUUGGUGGAGCUUUCAGUAUUGGCUUCCAUUCUUCUGAUAGCAACAAUGAUAGACUCUUGUCCUACACUUUUGGUAAUGGGCUAGUUUCUGGAGUAGCUUCGGAAACACUUGCAUCUGAUGAUGAUUUCUCAACAGAGUCGGCUAUUGUUCAGCUAUUGGUUAAGAUUCUUAAUAGUUUAUUC